GAAAUCACAUGGAGGUGCUUUUGUGCUCACAUGACAGUCCGAGACAUGGCAGGAGAGAUCAAUGAAGGUUCUGUUCCUGCUUAUUACAGAGAAGUGUACGAGGCCAUUCGUUGCAGGACAGAAGAAAAAGUGCAACUUGAAGUUUUUCAGAGACUUCUUCAAAGGACCGARCUCUCCAAGGCGGCUCUCAACCAGAUUGCCGAGAAUGUUGACUCCCCGGAUAGAUUCCUGAGCAAGCUGUCCUUCUACAAAGGGCUGGCUUUGAUCGCUCUCGCUCAGCAGGGGAAGCAGCCGACACCCAAACUCCUGGAAAACUGCAUACAGGAGUUCCCCAAACCUCAGCUGGGGGAGCCGAGGGAGCUGAGCGCUCUGAGGAUGCAGCCGGCUCAGGACGACGCGCUGACCAUUUCACAGACGCUGGACCAACUCCUGUCCAGAGACACGGUCCAGGUGGAGCUCAUUCCCGAGAAGAAGGGCCUUUUCCUCAAACAUGUGGAGUACCAGGUCACCAGCCAGCGUUACAAAAUAUCCGUUUACAGACGCUACAGCGACUUUGACGUCUUUCAUGAAGUUUUGCUGCAGAGAUUUGCCUACAGAGUGGUUCCAGCUCUGCCACCUAAAAGAAUGUUGAAAGGAGUCUUGACCUCAGUCUCUGAGCGCGAGUUCAUCGAGGGGAGGAGACGAGCUCUCGGCAGAUUUAUUAACUUGGUGGCUUGCCAUCCCUUCUUCUCUGAGGAUGAGCUGGUGAAGACCUUCCUCACCUUCAAUGGCUCCGAUGUUCAGACCAAGCUGCGUGACACUUGUAAGAAAACGGGUGAUGAGUUCAUGACCCACAGGAUUGCAACCCAGGCAAAGGAAUAUCUCCCAGCUGACAUUCAGGCUCAGUUUUCAACAAGCAGAGAUGUGAUUAGAAAUAUCCACAACAGCUUCCAAAAGCUGCGAGACAGAGCAGAGAAGAUGGCUGAUCGCUCAAAGGAGAACGCGACGGAUCUUCUCAUGUUUGGCCGGGAGCUCAGCACUCUGGGCUCAGACGCUUCGCCUCUUCCCUCCCUGGCCUCCUCGCAGAGCACCUGGGGGACCCUGCGUCAGUCUCUGAAGAGUCUGUCCGUCGAGUUUUCUGUUUUAUCUGACAAAGCUGCUCAGCAGGGCAGGCGGGAGGAGGAUGAUGUUGUGGAGAAGCUGAAUUUCUUCCUAGAUUUGCUUCAGUCGUACAGGGAUCUCUGUGAGCGUCACGAGAAGGGCGUUCUMCAUGAGCACCAGAAAGCUCUGCACAAGUACAGUGUGAUGAAGAGGCAGAUGAUGAGCGCCACUGUGCAGUCCAAAGAGCCGGCAUCUGUGGAGCAGCUGGAAUCACGAAUCGUUCAGCAAGAAAGUGCCAUUCAGACCAUGGAGCUGCGUAACUACUUCUCCUUGUUCUGCCUUCAUCAAGAGACACAGCUCAUCUUCACCUACCUUCCAAUCACUUCCCACAUCCURGGGGCUUUUGUUAACUCCCAGGUCCAAGGACACAGAGAGAUGGGAGAGGUGUGGAAUGAGCUCCAGCCAAAACUCGGGUGUCUUUUUGGUGGUAAAAACGGGUUGAAGCCUCCCAUUUAGAACCUAAACACACAGGAGGGGAAAAAAGAAACACUGCUCACACGCUGGAAAAUAAAAAGCUCUGUGAGCUUAA